ACAGAAAUGUACAUAUUUAUCGUCUUUCUAGUUGUUUAAUGUUCUCCGCUUACGGACCGCACUUUCUGAAUUACCCUUAAGGAGAAUUUCCCCAACAAAGCGGAGGGUUUUACUUUUGCUUUGAAAACGUCACAAGGCUGGCGGACUGCGAAGCCGAGGUGACCCAGAAAGGCAGCGAACCGAACCCGAACGGAUCACGAGGAAACCCGACGCCGGGGAGCCGAAGAAACGGACGGCGGACCGAUCGGCAGCAGUUAUGGAAAGAACCGCAAAGCACUCUGGGACUAAGAGAAAAGACAAUAGCAAAGACCAGUGCCCCUCCUGCACUGGCAGACUCCAGCCUUGCCUGGACGGUGCAGGGCACCCCCUGCAGUACAUCCAGUGCACUGCGGGCGCCAGUUCCCACCGCUUCUGCCGCUCCUGCCUCUGCCCCUGGGCUCCCUCCUGUGAUGCCCCCUCCGAGAGCUGCAGCAAUGGCUCCUGCCAGCUGGUGGCCACGCUCCUCAGCUGCAACACGGUGACGGACACCAAGAGCCGCGUCUUCGGCUGCCCCCUCUUCCGGGCCUGUCCCAAAUGCCACAGCCUGAUCAUGCACGAUUCCGGCUGCAAGUAUGUCACAUGUCGACCCUGCCGCCACCGGUUCUGCUUCAUAUGCCUGCAGCGCAGCCGAGAGUGCAGGAAAACAACAGAGCUCUACUGGUCGAGAGCAUGCAAUAAGCCCCGGGCAGCCAGGCAGACGUUUGUCACAAAAAGUCACUAAUGCACGUGGACAUCGGCUUCCAUUGUCUUGCGGUAAUGGCAGGGUAGAAGAGAGAGAGCAAACAACCUCCAGUGCUACAACAUUUAAAUUCGGCAGAUCAUUUGCGUAACGAACUGCAAGGCCUCUCAAAAGCUCGACGCUACCACCUAGAGGCACAAGACACCUUGAGAAAUGACCCAAUAUCAGUCACCGCUUCAGUGGUAUUAUUCUUUAAAACAUUUUAAAUCAUAUUGUGAAAACAAUACUAUAAUACAAUAAAAUAAAUAGAUUGAUUGUUGAUUGCAAUAUCAACAGCUGGCUGAAAAAAAAUAAUUUUAGAUGGCAAUUUUUUUUAAUCAUCUAUAUUAAAAGGAAUCAUAGGGAUUGAGGUUAAUUAGAACAAGGGCUUGCUUUGCUCUUGUCCAAAUGAACACUAAUUUACAAAUCAGCAGCUUGGGAGUCCAUUCUGAAAUGUGAUCUGCUAUAUUGACCAAGACUUUUGAGGCUCACCGUUGGUAGACAGUCUUUGCAACAUCUGGAACAUCUCAGACAUCAAAUCCAUCAGUCCAUCGUCAACAACUCAACUUCGGCCAAAACAGGACGCCUGAACUGUCUCUGGGUCGUGGGAGCACACCGGAGAGUUCACCAUUACCUCAAAUACCGGUGUAUUCAACUGCAUGUCAUACGACAAGUUAAGUCUCCUCUUCCAAGCCAUCUCAAUGGUUGUAAGUGCAUAACCAGGUUUUGUCAGCAGGGGGCACCACACCUGGGGUACAGGUGCACCAGUCUUCAGCUGCAGAGUUUUCCUCAUUCCACCUAAAGCCAGUCUUCAGCUGCAGAGUUUUCCUCAUUCCACCUAAAGCCAGUCUUCAGCUGCAGAGUUUUCCUCAUUCCACCUAAAGCCAGUCUUCAGCUCAGUGCUGUACUUGUGUUUCAUUUGAUAGGCAAAACCUGGAAUCUUCAGGGCAGA